GACGCGUGUGAUAUUGUUGAACUGGUGUGCCUGGUUCCUGCGCAUGCGCCGUCCUGGCGAGGCAAAGGUCCGUCUGGCGUGCCACAACGCCGCCAAGCGUCGGCGUGGCAGCCUGUCCAGCCUGGAGCUCAGCGUCAGUCAGGGGUCUCUGCGACAUCCGCAGGUAACCAACGGCAACCUCCUGUACGUCGGCUUCCGGGGCAUGGAGGGGCUGCACUACGCCUCCACUACCGAACCCGAGCUCCUCUGCUCACGGCUGGUGGGAGGCAGCGUGGGCGGGGAGGAGGACGUGCUGAGAGCGGGUGUUGGAGCCGGAGGAAGAGGAGGAGGAGCAGUCGGGGGCUCGACCCUGGAGGCAGAGCUGAACCAGAUCCUGGAGGAGGUGAGAUACAUCGCCAGGCGUUUUCGGGGCCAAGACGAGGAGGAGACGGUCUGCAACGAGUGGAAGUUUGCUGCAGCGGUGAUCGACCGGUUGUGUCUGGUUGCAUUCUCGCUCUUCACCAUCCUGUGCACCAUCGGUAUCCUCAUGUCGGCUCCCAACUUUGUGGAGGCCAUUUCUAAAGAUUUCUUCAGCUGAGGAGGAGGAGAGCCUCGGCUGACAGCUGAUGCCAGCUGUCUUUGUUUUUAUUAAUGUCAACAAAUCAAAUGUAUAGGCCCAAACCAACAAUUUCUCAGUACUUCCUGUCUGAGGCUCUCACCUCCAAGCCCAUUGGUUCCUACUGAGAUAUAAAGUUCAAUUAUCAUAUAGUUUAAGGCUCACUUACAAAGGAUUUCAACCAUGACUCAUUUUAACAAUGAAAAUAAAUGUCCCAAUGCUCA